AUGGACGGCAUUCAAGUGGAUAUAAACCGGCUGAAGAAAGGCGAGGUGAGCUUGGGAACCUCUAUCAUGGCGGUGAAGUUCCGGGACGGUGUGAUCCUCGGUGCAGACUCGCGCACAACCACAGGAACUUACAUUGCGAACAGAGUCACAGACAAGCUAACGCGGGUGCACGACCGCAUCUGGUGUUGUCGGUCGGGAUCUGCGGCGGACACACAGGCGGUGGCCGACAUGGUGCAGCACUAUCUGGAGCUGUACACGAUGCAGUACGGUGAGCCGAGCGCCAGCACAGCGGCAUCGCUGUUCAGCACGAUCUGCUACGAAAACAAGGACCACCUGACGGCCGGCAUCAUUGUUGCGGGCUACGACGACAAAAAUAAGGGCGAGGUGUACAGCAUACCGCUGGGAGGCUCCGUGCACAAGGCUCCAUAUGCCAUUGCGGGCUCCGGAUCCACGUUCAUAUACGGGUACUGCGAUAAGCACUUCCGCGAGGACAUGAGCAAGGAGGAGACUAUAGACUUCAUGAAGCACUCGCUGUCGCAAGCCAUCAAGUGGGACGGCUCCUCCGGCGGUGUGAUCCGUAUGGUGGUGCUGACCGAGGCUGGCGCGGAGCGUCUGAUCUUUUACCCCGAAGACUAUGAGAAUUUGUAG